AUGGAGUUGAGUAAUCCUAACGCGGAGUUCUGGGGUGCUGGGUACGGGAUGGCUGAUUCAGAUGAGCAGCGGCGGGGGAAGAGGAGCCGUAUGCACACCCCUGAGCCUCUGGGGGCGGGUGAGGGGAGUUUUGGAACCUCUGAAAGGCGGUAUUCGCACGAGGCAGGAAAGGGGAAGGAUGAUUCUGGACCGGAGGAUGCAGGAGGGGAAGCAGCAGCAGGGGCAGCAGGAGGAGGGACAGCAGCAUAUGCAGCUGUUACAGUCGGAUCAGCGGCAGCGGCUGCAGCAGCAGCAGCAGCAGCAGCAGCAGCAGCAGCAGCAGCAGCAGCAGCAGCAGCAGCAGCAGCAGCAGCAGCAGCAGGAGCAGCAGCAGCAGCAGCAGCAGCAGCAGCAGCAGCAGCAGCAGCAGCAGCAGCAGCAGCAGCAGCAGCAGCAGCAGCAGCAGCAGCAGCAGCAGCAGCAGCAGCAGCAGGCAGGGAAUGA